AUGCGCUCUUACUGCCGCCUGCUCUUCAAUGAUGACGCAGGCGCCGAUUCGGACGGAGGCCGCAAGUUCAAGGGCCUCGCGCCGUAUUCCAAGUCCCUGCUCUACGAUGACGAGCACCAGGAGUAUAAGAAGAACUUCCCGAACCAGUUCAAGUACGACUAUGCCGUGAGCCGGGAGGACAAGAAUGCGGCAGGCCAGAAGAUGUACAUCCAAACCAAGAUGGCGGAGUACGCAGAGGAGUUGUGGGAGAUGAUGCAGGACGAGAAGACCCACAUCUACAUGUGCGGGCUGAAGGGCAUGGAGGCGGGCAUGGCGGAGUGCUUCGGGCCCAUCGCGGAGAAGAACGGCAUCGUUUGGGCGGAGUUCGCCAAGGCCAUGAAGAAGGCGGACAGGCUCCACGUGGAGGUCUACUGA